AUGAGUAAUGAUGACCUUGAAAGAGUUAGAAAGUUGAUAAAAGCCGUACCAGAUUUUCCUGAAAAGGGAAUUUUGUUUCAAGAUAUAUUUCCAAUAUUCAAAGAUCCAAAAGCAUUCGAGAUUUUAAUAGAUCAUAUCUUAAAUCAUAUUAAGAAUGAUUUAUCUGAAAAAGUUGAUGUAAUUGUUGGACUUGAUGCGAGAGGAUUUUUGUUUGGACCUUUAAUAGCAUAUAAAUUGAAUGUUCCAUUUGUGCCUUGUAGAAAGAAAGGUAAAUUACCUGGGAACAUAAUUACUGCAGAGUUUGUAAAGGAAUACGGCGUGGAUACAUUUGAAAUGCAAUCUGAUUCUAUUGAAAAAGAUAAAAAUGUUAUUGUAUUAGAUGAUCUUCUUGCGACUGGUGGAACUGCAAAUGCAGCUGGACAAUUAGUUAAAAAAUUUAAUGCAAAAGUUUUAGAAUAUAUAUUUAUUAUAGAAUUGGUUGAAUUAAAUGGCAAGAAAAAUUUAGAUUCUGAUGUUUAUUCGAUAUACAAAUUUACAUAA